AUGAUCAUUGAUCGUAUACUCUCUCUAAUUCCUCAUCCCGUGGCCUCUCAAAUCUCGGACACGAUCAAUUCUCAUGAAACUCAUCCCGAUUUGGUGCCUUUUCUCAGUUGGCACUAUCCAGCUGUGUUUAGUGUCUUGUACGUGGCCUCUCUCUACUUAUUGCCCUUAUAUAUGAAACACGUACGUAAGAACGAGCCUAUCCGUUCCACCCUUUUGGAUUCCUUCAUUAAAUUCCAUAACUUGUUUUUGAGUGGUUUGAGUUUGUUGAUGGUUUUGGGUUUUGCAGGUGAAGCCUUCAAUGUCAUGUCUGAAGUAAAAGGAGACAAUUUGAGUGAGAUGAUCUCUUCAGUUACAUGUGAUGCUCGGGAUCGAAUGGGACGAGGUGCCAUUCCUUUCUGGCUCUAUGUGUUCUAUUUGAGCAAGUAUUAUGAAUUGUUGGAUACUGUCUUUUUAAUGGUGAAAUGUAAACCAUUGACUUUUCUGCAUACUUUCCAUCAUGUAUCGACUUUGUGUUUGUGUUGGUAUGUGAUUUUGCAGAAAUCUCAACUCAUGUGGUUCCCUUCCAUGUUGAAUGCUGGUGUUCAUGUCAUUAUGUAUUACUACUUUUAUGUGUGCACUUUGAAGGGAAGUUCCAUUUUCACUCCUGGAUGUUUGAAUGUGGUCAAGCCAUGGAUUACAAGAAUGCAAAUUUUGCAAUUUGUUGCUGAUUUGUUGGUGCCUAAAUUGUGGCUCUAUUUCAAGUAUGUCGAAGGUCAUCAAUGUACUGGUGAUUAUCAUGCCUACUUGUUGGUCGAUGUCAUUGUUGGAUCCUUCCUCUUAUUGUUCUUGAAUUUUUACUUUAAGAGUUAUAGCAAGGGAGGAAAGGGAAAGAAGGAUGUUAAGGGAGAAUAA